AUGCCUACUAACUUGCCAACUUCAUCUAUCCCAUUAAAUAAAGAAGAUGAAAAUAAUAUUCCUUCAACUUCCUUUAAACAACAAUCAGAAGAAAAUAUUUUUAGUUAUAAAUGUAAUCAAUGUUCAAAUAAUAUUGCUUUUCGAACUGAAGAACAAUUAAAGGCUCAUACACUUUGCCAUUCACCAGCACGUUUUAAAUUAAAAAGAAAAAUUGGUGGAAAUGAAAAACAAAAAAUAUUUAAAUGUGAUGUUUGUCAAGAUUGUUUUGAUACAAAUGGGGAACUUUUAGAACAUUUUAAUUCCGAAAAACAUUUGCAAAAAGCUGCAGAGAAAACAUUAGUAGGAGGAAUGGAAGAAGAUGAAGUUGUUAGAUCACGUCUAAACUCAAAUCAAUUUUCCUCAACUUGUUCAACAUCCAGAACUCCAUCAAAAUCUUCAACUUCCAAACAAUAUUCAAAUUCCCGUCGCAAUAGUGCCAAUUCUUCUAAUAACAAAUAUUUACCUUAUAUUUGCAAUAUUUGUUCACUCUCUUUUGGUCAACCAGGCACUUUAGAUACACAUCUUAGAUCAACAGCACAUGCACAAAGAAUUGUUAAAUUAAAUGAAUUAGUCAAGUCUGGAGAAAUAAAUCCACAAGUGCCAGUUUUUGAACAGCCUGAACCUCAUCCACCUCAGCGAAGUAUUGGAGAACUUUUACGUGAGAAGAAAAAGGUAUUUAAUUUUAAUAGGUAUCUGAACUGUAAAUUAGCAUUUUAUCUUUUCGAAGAGAGCCUCCUCAGUUUACGAAUUUGCCUCCUCAGUUUACGAUUAUUUCUCUAAGAUUUUUUAAUUAUUUUUUUGGGUCUCCUCUCUCUCUCCGGGAUCUCUCAUUUAUUUUCAAAAACUUUUCUCUUCGUGAUCUUCCUUCUUAUAAAGUUUUUGCUUUCUCUCAGGAAUACCUUCCCUCUCAUCCUGUAUAGGGGUCAGUGUCCCCCUUCCAAUUUACCACUUACCUCCGAAUUUUACGCACAUUUACUAAAUUUUAUAUUUUCCACUAAAUGAGUGCGCGAUCCUUCAAACAAUAACAUUUUUGUUUGUUUCACCCCUUUCUGUAUUGUUCUUCUCAUUUUUAUUUUCUUUUCUUUUAUUUAUAUAUUCACCCCAAUUUCUUUUUUUAAAAUAAUACUUACGGUGUAUUUUUGUCGGCCACGAUUGCCAUCUUAGUUUGCCCCCUCCCCUUCCACCCCUUCUCAUUUUUUUCUCAUUUACCAGCUUCAAUUCAAAAAUUUUCCCCUUCACCUCUCUGGGAUACCUACA